UUUUAAAAAGCUAUACCUUAGGUGGAAAACUUGUGUCAUUUCUUUAGCAAAUGAGCAGAUGGUGGAGGUCAAGAUUAUGACCUCUGAGUUGGUUCAUGUAGGGAUCUUUUUUCCCUUCUGGGAAUUUGCAGAAAAUUUAAAUCUUUGAAAUAUUAUUGUCCAAUAUAUCUUUUGACUAAUUUGAGCUAUUUUGGGGCUUGUCUGAAACAAAGGGAACCUGUCUUCUGAUUGAGUUUAUUGGUAAUCUUUUUUGUCCUGAGGGCCAAUGUGAAGGCAGGGAUAAAUAAAUGAUUUCUAGUAUUAAAAUGAGUUUAUCUCAAUAUGUCUGGUGUCCUGGUUGAUUUUUUAAUACAAAUAUGUGGCUACACUAAAGGGAAAACCAAAGGUAAUGUAGAACUAGAUUUCUAAAAAAUCAGAGGAAACUUUCUUCUUAAGGAAAUGGUAGUAAAAAAUAAGAAUAGAAGUGUGGUUUGAAAAAUAUUGAAAUUUUGGCCUUUGCUUUAAGAUUUCUGUUUGGAUUUACCUACAGUUUUUCAGCUUUCCUUAGUAAUUGUGUUAUAAACUAAAAUAAAUAUUUCCUUGUAAAGGACAAAUAAAAGCUCCCCCCACCUUGUAUUGGCAAGUGUGGUUAGAAGGCUAAUUUUAAAUAGGACAAGUGGUGGUAUGUCUUCUAUGCAUUUGGUUGAGUGCAUUUGAAAUUACCCCAUUCAAAAUGCAUAUUAGUUUCAAAGUUUGGUGCAGAAAGGAUGUAUUUCCCUUAGGCUUUUGAAAUUUAGUAUGAUAUAGUGAUAUUUUGAGUACUUCCUAAUACCUAGUUAUACUGAGUCUCUUCAUUUUUAUAAAUAAUAUUUAAAAAAUAACCAACCCUUAAAACAUUUUGAGGUAGAGUAUUAUACUUUUGAAGUGUGCUAAAAAGAAAAUGUUAUAGGACACAUUUGACCUCAAAAAAUGUCAUUUGUUCAUUGCUUUGUGCUUUACAUCUGUCUCUUCUUAGAUGAUGCAUUGCCAUAGUGUUUAGUGUUUAGUGAUGUCAUAAUGAUAGUGGUAAUAACUGGCAUGAUUACAACAAAUGUUUUCUGCUGUGGUUCUGAAUUAGAUGGACCCAAGAGUACUAUGGUAACAGUGAAACAACUCUUUAGCCUAAGCUCAACUGGACAUGUUCUUUCAUAAUAGACAUUGGGGUUGAGGUGUGAAUCUCAACUUUAGUGAUGACUUUUGUGAAAUGAACUUGAUUAAUAAUUGGAAUUUGAUCACUUCUUGGCUUGAAUGAAGCUGGUAAAUUAAUCUGAGGCCAAGCAAUAAAUGUGUUGCAUGUAACCAGAAGAUAGUACUGUCUGGCUUGUCCACACACCGAAAUCAACAGACAUCUAAUUUUUUCAUAGAAGGAGGAAAGAUAAGUCUUAUCCAUCUUGGUUGCUCCCUUUACCUUCUGGAGUUCCUUCUUUCAUAUAAGAAGUACUUGGUGAAUAUUUAUUGGCCCAGAUUAUUUAUCAGCAUGGUUACCUGGUAGUGAAUCAUUGUGGCAGGCCACAACUGUUCCAUCUAACCAUCGAAAUAACCAUAUCAGGAGACACAGUAUAGCUUCUGACAGUGGAGACACCGGCAUUGGAACUUCCUGUUCUGACAGUGUGGAAGAUCAUUCAGCUUCAAGUGGCACAUUAUCUUUUAAGCCUAGUCGAUCAUUGAUUACUCUUCCUACUGCUCAUGUGAUGCCGUCUAAUUCCAGCGCUUCAAUUUCCAAACAUAGGGAAUCCUUGACAUCAGAUGGCUCACCAUGGAGUACAAGCCUCAUGCAGACAUUGGGAAGCCACAGUAGGGGGGAGCAGGACUCAUCACUAGACAUGAAGGACUUCCGACCCCUUCGGAAAUGGGCAUCUUUAUCCAAACUCAUUGCCCCAGAUAACUGCAGCCAGGGUGGCACUGCACACACACAGGAGUCGAGGAAUGGUUUGGAAAAAACAGGGAGGGGCAAGGCUUUAAUAUCACAACGAAGGACAGUUGGGUCUAGCUGUUUACAUGAUAGUAUGGAGAUGCUUAAGUUAGAGGACAAGGAAAUAAAUAAAAAACGGUCAUCAACUCUGGACUGCAAGUAUAAAUUUGAGAGCUGCAGCAAAGAGGACUUUAAAACCUCUUCCUCUGCUCUUAGGAGACAAACCUUAGACAUGACAUAUAGUGCCUUACCUGAAAGCAAGCCCAUUAUGGCGAAAUCAGAGAGUUUUGAAUCUCCAAAAUAUUUAAUGCUUGGUCAACAGGCAGUAGAUGGAGUUCCCAUUCAGCCUUCUGUGAGGACUCAGAUGUGGCUUACAGAACAAUUGCGGACAAACCCUUUGGAAGGUAGAACUACAGAGGACUCUUACAGUUUAGCUCCUUGGCAACAGCAGCAAAUUGAAGAGUUUCGACCAGGAAGUGAAACACCAAUGCAGGUUUUGACUGGAUCAUCUCGUCAAAGUUAUUCACCUUCUGGCUAUCAGGAUUUCAGUAAGUGGGAAUCAAUGUUGAAAAUAAAAGAAGGACUUCUAAGACAGAAAGAAAUUGUAAUUGAUCGGCAGAAGCAACAAAUUACCCACCUACAUGAGAGGAUAAGAGAUAAUGAAUUACGGGCACAGCAUGCCAUGUUAGGACAUUAUGUAAAUUGUGAGGAUUCUUAUGUGGCUAGUUUGCAGCCACAGUAUGAGAACACGUCACUCCAGUCUCCAUUUUCAGAGGAAUCAGUGUCCCAUGCCCAGCAAGAGGAACUUGAGCAAAAACUUGCAUCUACUGAGAAAGAAGUUUUACAACUCAAUGAGUUUCUCAAACAAAGAAUAAGCCAAUUUAGUGAAGAGAAAAAGAAACUGGAGGAAAAACUUAAAACCAGAGAUAGAUACAUCAGUAGCCUGAAAAAGAAAUGCCAGAAGGAAUCUGAACAAAACAAAGAAAAGCAGAGAAGAAUUGAGACCUUGGAAAAGUAUCUGGCUGAUCUUCCAACUCUAGAUGAUGUACAGAGUCAGAGUCUACAGUUGCAGGUUUUAGAAGAAAAAAAUAAGAAUUUGCAAGAGACUUUGAUAGCUACAGAAAAAAAGCUCGAAGAGAUCAAAAAACAGUAUCAAGAUAAAGAGUCACAGUUAAUAUGCCAGAAAAAGAAAGAAAAGGAGUUAGUAACUACUGUUCAGAGUUUGCAACAAAAAGUAGAAAGAUGCCUUGAAGAUGGAAUCCGCCUUCCCAUGUUAGAUGCAAAACAGCUUCAGAAUGAAAAUGAUAAUCUCAGAGAACAAAAUGAGACUGCUAAUAAGAUAAUAGACAGUCAACAGGAUGAAAUUGACAGAAUGAUUUUAGAAAUUCAGUCUAUGCAAGGGAAACUUUCCAAAGAGAAAUUGAACACUCAAAAGAUGAUGGAAGAGCUGGAAAAGAAAGAAAGAAACCUGCAGAGAUUAACAAAAGCAUUGCUUGAAAACCAAAGACAAACAGAAGAGACGUGCCCUGUAAUGGAUCAGGGCCAGGACACAGACCCAUCUAGGCAGCAGACACUUCUUUCCAAACGGCCUCUAUUUGAUUUGACUGUGAUUGAUCAACUGUUUAAGGAAAUGUCCUAUUGUUUGUUUGACUUGAAAGCAUUGUGUAGUAUUCUUAAUCAGCGUGCACAGGGCAAGGAGCCUAAUCUUUCAUUAUUACUGGGAAUCAGAUCAAUGAACUGUUCAGCUGAAGAGACUGAGAAUGACCACAGCCCAGAAACACUCAGUAAAAAAUUAUCAGAUGUGUGCCAGUUACGGAGGGACAUUGAUGAAUUAAGGACUACAAUAUCAGACCGCUAUGCUCAGGACAUGGGAGACAACUGCGUUACCCAGUGAUCAAGUGUUGGUCCCACAGCAAUAAUGACCCAUUGUUAAGUGCUGCUGCAUUACGGUUCUUCACAUUUCUCUUUAGGAGCCAUAAUGGAAAGUUGCAAGUGACAUAUGACUGCACAUAGGUUGUUUUGUUCUGUGGAUUUGUUUCAUUGAGGGGAAAAGUGGAUAUGACGAGGUUUUAAAAAGGCUUAUCAGGCAAAAAAAAAAGAAUCAAAUUACCUUUGAAAAAUAUGAUAAAGUCUACAAGAAAAAAAAAAAGGUCUGUAUUUUCAAACUACUGAUUAUAGGACCAAGCUGUGAAGAGUACCCUUCAGAUAAAGGGAUAGAAUUUCUGUUAAUCCUAUGGUUUUGUGUGUUUGUGCAUGUACGUGUGUUUUGUGUGUGUGCGUGCUUUAUUCACAAAAUUAUAUGGGUUUCUAGGGUCAAAGCAAAGUUUCUGAGAAAGGCACACACUGUUUACUCUUAUAUUUCUUUCAUAUUAAAGUUUUUGUUGUACUUUGGGAUUUUCAGAGGCUGGCUGAACAAGAGUUCCAACAGCAGGCAAGUGUUCUAAUAGAAGUACAGUAGGCAAAAGCAUUUGUAUUUUGGACAAUCAGUGUGCUGAGAUGAUGAGGUUGUGGGCAUGGGUUGAUUUUAGUACUGCAGAUAGAUCAGCUGUUUUUCCAGAGUGGUUGUGGAUUCUCUCAGAGGGCUGAAAUUUUGAUGUGAUGAUCUUUUUCAAUAGCAUUAUAAUUUAUGUAUUAUAAGGAAGUUUAACAUAAUUUGAACUAAUUUAAAAAUAUCCCUUAAAUUUACAAUUUUUAAUUUAUAUUUUGUGUAUCAAUGUAAACAAAGCCAUACAUAAUUAAUGCAAAUCUUCUGAGGCUUCAGAUAAUUAUUGUGAGAGGAAGAUUAAUGAAAUGACUCUGGAACAAUAGCUUAUUUAUCUAAAUCUCAACAUUUACAUUUUAACAGUUUUGUAUCUGUUUUAAAGUUGAAACUACUUUAAGAGAAAGCCAACACAUAUUCUUUAUAUCUGAACUAACACUAGCACAAAACAAAAUAAAACAUAGAUAUUUUAAUUUCUUUUAUUAGAUAAGUACAUUAACAACGGAGUUUUUUUAUAGAAUAUGAACUUGGCCAGGUUAUUUGUUUAUCUGGAGUACAGGGUAUUACUCUGAAGUGAAACUGUUUUUUAAGUAGAUAUAUAAUCAUUUAAACUUCCAAUGAGUAUUGUCCAUGUUUUAGUUGGUAUUUUGGAAGAACUAUAUAUUUUCUUGCCUUCAGAACAUUCAUUACAUUCUUUGAAUAUACUUAAUUGUGGCAAAACUUGUCCUUUUUCAAUUGGCUUGAUUUCUUGAUGCAACCAAGUCUUCAUUUAGGGCAAGACUAAAUAUUAGUAAAAGGUGGAAGGAUACAGGGUGUGAAUCAAGCAGGAUAAUACUGAUAAGGUCAGAGCAGAUCACAUGUCUGUUUUCUUGCCAGGCUUAUAUAGUGGUAUAAAGGCUGCUCCUAGAAAAUAUUUUUCUUAAAUAUUUUUAACAGUGAAAAUAAGUGAGACAAGGCCUUCUUGGAGGCUAUCCAGGAAGAUACUCAGUUCAGAAUUUUGGCGUAUAUACUGCUCUCAAUAAAUUGUUUUAUAAUUCUAUUUCAGCAAUUAGUUAUAAUACAUUGUAAAGACAUCAAAUUUCCCUUCUGUGCAGUGCCUGAGUCCCCGUUGCUCUUCUUAACUUCUUAGCAUCUGGGCACUAAGAAAUCAGUGCAUUAUAGUGAUUCAGCAUCCCAAGGUCCCUAACCUAAGGAGGGUAUUAGUUACUGGUAAGAACUUGGCUUUUGAUGGGUCAUUUCUUUUUUAAUGUUAGUGGUUUGAAGACAAUCAGGGUAUAAUAAAUUUGUACCAAAAAUAUGAUACAAAGAAUUCUGCCUUGCAAAAAAUUAGUAUCUGUGAAAUGAUCCUUUAUACUAAAGUAUUAAUAGAUAAUAACAUCAAAAUAGAUCAGCCACAAGUACGGCAAACAACAUUUUUGCAUUCUCUUUGAAUACAAUCCCAACAUUCCCCCAUGAUUUUGGAAAUAGAGGCACCCUAAAAUAAUAGAACUAACUGGCAGACAGUCACCAAUUUGGAUGAGUAGUCUAUUAAAUAUAUCCUAGGUUUUUGGUGUAUGUUUUUGGUUUUAUGAUUGUUGUUUUAUGGUCAUUUGUUUUAAUCUGUAGAUUAAUUUUUGUUUUCUGGUUUAGUUGGGAUAAAGUAAUUUUUUAUUCAUUUUAGUUAGUAUUCUGAAACUUACAGAAUUAAACUUAGUUCACAUAUCUUGAGGUAAAAAAAGUUUUAACUUAGUAGGAAAUUAACUCCUACUGAUGCAUUUCAGUUUGAAAAUUGUGUCUUUCCCAUAAAAAGGGGAAUUAAGAUGUGAUAGUUUAAGUAUAACCUUGAAUUAUAAAAUUGAAUCUCUUGGAAUCUGGAGUUUGUAAUGGGGCCUCCAGUGGAUAGCCUUGGAAGGAAUUUGGGGAGAAGUGAAACCAGUAAUAUUCUAAUAUGUCAGUAUUUAAGUUUUGAUUUUUAUUUUUCAGAAAAUUCCCCUUUCUCAAGACACUCUAUUGGAUUAGAAUAGUAACAACAUUGGUAUCAUAUUGAAAAGAGGGAUGUUACCAAGUAAGAUGGGCAAGUGAACUAGGAUAUUCAUCGAAGUUAGGGUAGCAAAAUAUGCCUAAAAUGAAAAUUAACCUAAAUUUUAAAGAACAUCUAUUUGAAAGUUUCCUUAGAUAAUGAAACCUCUUUUUAAUUAUGAUUUUGUGGAUUAAAUGUCCUUUUAGGAAGCAUCUCAUGAAGUAUUAAUAUUAAUUAUUGUUGUUUGGGUUUUAAAGUUGAGCUUAUUCUGCCUCGGUCACGUUACAACAGGGGUAAAGUAACAGUUGUCUCAAUGAAAAAUCCAAAGUACCUGUGCAGAUAAAAUUCACUGAAUCAAAGGCACAAUAGCUAUCUUUUUAUUUGAUGUCAGAAAAAUAGGAUGACUUUAAACUGUUAGUAAAUUUUCAAUGGCCUCUAAUUUUAAAAAAAGGUAUUCCUGAAUUUAUACUGACUAGGUAAGGUAUUCCUGAAUUUAUUUUAAAAUAAGUGUGGCCCCUUUUUUAUAUUUGAACUAGUAUUCAAUAUUUAAUGUUAACAGUAUUAUAUUUUAGUGAAAUUUAUUUUGAUGGUGACAAUUUAUUAAACUGAAUUAGACUUCUUUCAAUAGCUGAUUUUAGAGACAAUCUCAAGGGCUGGAAUGUGUUGUUAAAAUGAAUAUUGUACAUUUCUGACAUUAAUGAGCUUACAAAUUCUGUCAUAGUGCAAGAUGUAUUAAUAGGAAUCUCUUAGAGGAUAUUUUUAAAGGAGUUACUUUAUUGGGAAAAUGUUCUUUAAAUAUCAGUAAUAGUUCAUUGAGUAACAUAGUAGCUGAGAACCUAGACUAUAUUUUUACAUAGCAUGUCAGCUCAGACACGCCUUUAGUUUGGAUUAUUGGCAUUCUCUUAUGUAGAUUUCUAUCAUUGUAGAUAUAUAAUUAUAGUAAUAAGCAAUUUUCAUAACCAUGCUGACUCAGACUAUAUAAUUUGAAACUGCCAGUAGCUGUGGCUCUCAGAGCCAAAGUUAAUUCAUUUUGUUUCCAUUUUUGACAGUUCUUUUAAAGUGUUCACAAAACAAGACCAACGAUUUCCUAUUUGGUAUAAAGAGUAAAAUUUCCAACUUUGCCCCAAAAAGCCAUGGGUGUUAUAUUUCCAUAUGAUUAUAUCAUACAUUUAAUCAUGAAGGGGAAAGAUUUUGGAUUUUUUUCUUAUUUAAAAGAAAUAUUAAAUAUAAUAAGAAUGUAGUUUCAAAUCAAUAAGUCAUUAACAACACUAUUGCAGCUGCAUAGAGAGAACCUUUUGUGCCUUUUUGCUGCAGUAAGCAUUCAUUUCUAUUUUACAUGAGCUAUAAGAAUGUUGAUGAUUAUUGCACCUUGUUCCUCUGUAAAUAGACUUAAGGAUUUUUUUUAAAGCUAGGAGUUGGUUUUCAUUUUUAGGCAGUAAAAUAUGAGAGGAGAUAUCAGAUAUAUGUCUUUGGAAUCUAGCCUUCCUGUAUAGUGAGUGGGAAACUCCUUUAGAAUGUAUUCAUUUGUGAGUAUAUCUGUGUACAUAUAUAUGUAUAAAUAGUUAUUUAAAUACACAAACAUAAAAUUCAACAUCACAUUGAUGUGAUGACAAGAAGUAGUAAGGUGCUAGGUGGUUACAUUAAAAGCACAGCAGAGUGUGUAAUCAGUCAUUAUGACUGGUGGUUUUAUAAACUAGGUUCAGUUUUUGAACCACCCAGAAUACCUCAUGUGUAAAUACAGUGUUCAUGACUUAAUUGAAAUACAGUUAUUUUAAAAAGAAUGUGAAGCCACUGGUUGGCUUAUGCCUUCUCAUCUAUCAUUUUUGCCUCUUUUUUUGUAAAGGGGUUGUUUUUGUUUUUGUUUUUUAAUAGGGUUUACAGCUAGAAUUUUGAAUGCCAAAGUUCUAUUUAUUAAAUUAAGAAAAAAGUUUUCAAUGUUAAUGGCUAGUAUUUUUCCACUGGACUAUUAUUUGUUGAUGUUGGAAUUUUUAUUUACAGAGAAAUAAAUUUUUUAUAAAAAGA